AUGUCAUCUUUUGGCCUGGAGCUUGUGGGCGUGACGGUGGCCGUAUUGGGUUGGGUCCUGAGCGUGGUGAGCUGCGCGCUGCCCAUGUGGCGGGUAUCUGCCUUUAUCGGAGCCAACAUCGUGACAGCGCAGGUCUACUGGGAAGGUCUGUGGAUGAGCUGCGUGUUCCAGAGCACGGGCCAGAUGCAGUGCAAGGUCUACGACUCCAUGCUGGCACUCCCCCAGGACCUGCAGGCGGCCCGCGCCCUGACCGUGGUCUCCAUCAUCCUGGGGGUUCUGGCCUUGCUAAUCUCCUUGGUAGGUGCCAAAUGCACCAACUGCAUUGAAGAUGAGGGUGUCAAAGCCAAGGUGACCAUCACAUCAGGCGCCAUCUUCAUCACGGCGGCGCUAACCCAGCUGGUGCCUGUGUCUUGGUCAGCCAACACUAUCGUGGUGGAGUUCUACAGUCCCAUCGUCCUGUCGGGACAAAAGAUGGAACUCUUCUCGGCCAUGUCGAUGGGCACGGAGCUGGUGGGCAUAUGCCUGGGGGUGCUAGGCUUCCUGAUGUCCAUCGUGAUGUGCGCGCUGCCCAUGUGGAAGGUGACAGCAUUUGUGGGCGCGAAUAUCAUCACGGCACAGACCAUCUGGGAGGGCCUGUGGAUGAACUGCGUGACACAGAGCACUGGACAGAUGCAGUGCAAGGUGUACGACUCUAUGCUGGCACUGCCUCAGGACCUGCAGGCGGCGCGCGCCAUGAUGAUCGUGGCUAUUAUCCUAGGUGUCCUUGGAGUACUAGUGUCGGUGACGGGCGCCAAGUGUACCAACUGCAUCGACGAAGAAGGUGCCAAGGCCCGGGUGAUGAUUGCUUCUGGCAUCCUCUUCAUUUUAGCUGGCUUGCUGGUACUCAUUCCGGCCUGCUGGACCGCCCACGUGGUGGUGCGCAACUUCUACAAUCCCAUCCUGACCAACCCUCAGCGGCGCGAGCUGGGUGCCUCGCUUUACAUCGGCUGGGGGGCAUCCGCCCUGCUGCUGAUCGGUGGUGCCAUCUUGUGCAGCAGCUGCCCGCCUAAAGAGCAACGUUACAAACCGCCCAGGAUGGCAUACUCGGCACCACGCAGUAACAACACCGGAUAUGACCGCAAGGACUACGUGUAA